AUGACCGAAAUUCUCAAUGAUUCACAUGCGUACUCCUCUUUUCUGCCCGAGCACGGCGUGGACUGGGUAAAAACGAAAAUAGCAGAGAACGAAGAACUGCUGUCUACUCUGCAAAAAGAAUUCGAAGCAUCGCAAAUUCAGCAGGGCGACGGUUUAAAUGCAAAGAGGAGCCAGAGUUCUUUGAUAAUUGUCCUUUCGUCUGCAUACGCGAAGUAA